CGUAUAUUUGAACUAAACACCAUUAGAUAAAAUUUUUGGCUCGGUCAGCCCGCAGCAAUGGCACGAAAUUAAACUAAACCAACUAUAUGGUUGCCCAAUUAGUAAUACAGACUAGAUUUGCAAAUCUUUAUCUCACGCACUUUUGGUGGCGAGUUAAGGCGAAAAAUGAAAUAAUUGUUUCUAAACCUUAAAAGGAGAGAAAUCCACUUGGAUUUACGUUUCUGAAAAAACUCUUACUAAAAUGGAAGUACAACUAAACUAAUUAUGGCAAAAUUUGUAAGUUACCAUUAAUUCAUAAUUUAAUGCCAAUUGGUCAAAUUCAUUGGCACAGGUCAAGGACAGAUCAUCUGCAUUAUUUUCACUCCUUCCAAAGAUGCUACCACAGAUGCACUGCCUAUGCUUUUGGCAGCUUUAAAUAGAUGUUCAAAACUCUGGUAGAGGGAAACUCUGAAGCUGAGAAACAAAAAUGGCUAAAGAUCUUCACGUCGUUAUGAUCCCAUGGUCUGCCUUUGGGCACAUGGGGCCAUUUUUUCAACUCUCGGUUGCCUUGGCCAAAGCUGGAGUUAAAAUCUCCUUCGUUCAAACCCCUAAAAACAUCAAAAGACUGCCUAAAAUUGCACCAAAUUUAGCCACCCUCAUCAAUUUGGUGGAGCUUCCAUUACCAGCAUUGGACAACGAUGUCCUCCCAGAAGGCGCUGAGGCCACUGUUGAUCUCCCGUUUGAGAAAUAUCAGUACUUGAAAACCGCAUAUGAUCUCCUUAAAGAACCUUUUAAGAAAUUUGUGGCUGAUCAAUCACCAGAUUGGAUAUUUGUUGAUGUUAUUCCUUAUUGGGCAGCAGAGGUCGCCCUAGAAUAUGAAGUUCCGCUUGUGUACUUCACAGUUUUCACUGCUUCCACAGACGUUUUCCUUGGCUCACCAGAUUAUCUGUUUGGUGAUGGCCAAAAGAAGCUACGUUCAUCUCCAGAAAGUUUGAUGUCAGCCCCAGAAUGGGUCACCUUCCCAUCUUCUGUUUUCUUCAAGAAACAUGAGGCUGCGGGCAGUUUUGGUGCCAUUUAUGGAUCAAAUGGCACCGAAAAAUCUGAUGCUUAUCGCAUUAGCAAAGCCUUACAGUCAUGCCAAGCUGUGGCUGUACGUAGUUGCAAUGAGUUUGAAGGUGAUUACUUAAGUUUACUCGAAAAUCUGCUGGGAAAAAAAGUGAUUCCAGCAGGUUUGCUUCCACCUGAGAAACCACAAGAAAAAGACAUCACUGAUGAGACAUGGGUAAAGAUUUUUAAGUGGCUUGAUGAGCAAAAGCCCAAGUCAGUUGUAUUUGUGGGGUUUGGCAGUGAGUGUAAACUGAGCAGAGAUCAAACCUAUGAGAUAGCUUAUGGCCUAGAGUUAUCUGACGUACAUUUUUUGUGGGCACUGAGGAAGCCAACUUGGGCUAAAGAUGAUAUUGAUGCUCUGCCACCAGGUUUUGCUCAAAGGACGCAAGGCAGAGGAGUGGUGACUCUUGGGUGGGCACCACAAAUGGAAAUUUUGGGACACUCUUCAAUCGGGGGCACUUUGUUUCAUUGUGGUUGGAGUUCUGUGGUAGAGACUCUACAAUUUGGGCACACUCUGGUGGCGCUGCCUUUUGUGUUUGACCAACCUUUGAAUGCAAGAUUGCUUGUGGAGAAAGGUUUGGCUGUGGAGAUUGAUAGAGGUGACGAUGGAUCAUAUGAUAAAAAUGAUAUAGCCAAAGCUUUGAGGCUAGCAAUGGUGUCAGAGGAAGGAGAAGGCCUGAGAGCUCGUGCAAGAGAAGCUGCAAAGGUUAUUGGAGAUCAGGAGAAGUACAUCGUUCAGCUUGUUGAGUUCCUGAAAAAAGGAGUGGUUAAUAAUAAGGGUAUUAAUGACUAA